CCCCUCCCCACAUCCCCAUUCCCUCUCAGUGGCAGCAGCAACAGAACGCUCUUCCUCCCUUGACAGCCCCAGCAGCGCAGGUUAAAGCCGGCAGCACUGGGGGGGGGGGGGGGGGAAGGUGAAAAUACCAUUUCCAAUCAGUGAGGUGGACAGCAACAGCAGCAAACAAGGCGUCUGCCACCACCACUACAGCCUGCCUGCCCGGGGCAGAUAUGGGACUGGAGCGGAAUAAGGGAGCCGUUCUCGGGCUUUCGCUGUCUGGGUAAAGUGGUCGGGUUCGCCUGGGCAGGUCCAUGAGGACACACCAUGGCUAAGCAGUAUGAUGUGUUGUUCAGGCUGCUGCUGAUCGGAGACUCUGGAGUGGGGAAGACUUGCCUCCUGUGCCGUUUCACCGACAACCAAUUCCACUCUUCCCACAUCUCCACUAUAGGAGUCGACUUCAAAAUGAAGACAAUAGAUGUUGAUGGAAUCAAGGUGCGAAUACAGAUUUGGGAUACUGCAGGCCAGGAACGAUAUCAGACAAUCACAAAGCAGUACUACAGACGUGCCCAGGGAAUUUUUCUGGUGUAUGAUAUUACCAGUGAACGCUCCUUUCAGCAUAUUAUGAAAUGGGCCAGUGAUGUUGAUGAGUAUGCUCCUGAAGGUGUUCAGAAAAUUCUCAUAGCCAACAAAGCUGAUGAGGAACAGAAAAGACAAGUGAGUGCUGAACAAGGUCAAAAACUUGCAAAAGAAUAUGGAAUGGACUUCUUCGAAACAAGUGCCUGCACCAAUUAUAAUAUUAAAGAGUCAUUUACUAGACUGACAGAACUAGUGUUACAGGCCCACAAGAAGGAGUUAGAUGGGCUUCGACUAUCAACCCCUGAUGAACUUAGUAUUGCUGAUUUAGAGGAGGAUGACAGCAAAAUUGAAGGGACGAGUAACUCACAGAAAGUUUGCUGGUGCUAGAAACGGAGCCAAACAAAAUCCAGUUCAGCGGUCUGAAUCAUGCCUCAAGACCUGGUUGCCUGCUGUUAUUUUGUGCCACCUUAAAUAUUCACACGAAUCCUGCUUCUCUCUGGAGUUGGACUGAUUCUUCCAGCUGAUUCAAAUAGGUGUUGUAUUUUUGUCCCAGCUCUGUGGUUCAACCACGUCUUGGACCUGGCUUGUGUGCUGUGCAUUUUGUACAGUUACUGUGCUGUAAUUUGUGUUCAGGUGCUCAACUGAUGGUUCAGUAGCCUGGUUUCUACAAGACUGCUGUUUCAGUAUUUGUUUUCUAUGUGGACAGCCCUUCCAGACUUUGUGACACCAUUGUUUUCGCAAUUAGAUACUUAUCAUUACAAUUGCCCGGAUUUCCCCUUUUUGUGUAAUUAAUAAGUAGUUUCUUCAGUAUGCUUUUAAAAUAUUUUUAGCCAAGCUCAAUAAAAGUGCUCUGUUUGUCACCUUUGCUGCUCAAUUAAGAAUUUUUGAACCCAGCAUGAUUAUUACAUCUUGCUCAAUUUAGAAAUUCAACUUAAGCUUGAGAUUAUGACUCCUGAAACAGAACAUGUUAUUGUGGACACUGUCAAAAGGUGAUUUUAUCAAUUUCAAUUUUUUUGUAUCUUGAAACAUUGUUGUGAAAUAAGCAUUAUCUCUCUUGUGUAUUCUAAGACUUGCACUGCCCUGCUAGGUUCAUGAUCUAAGUGAUGCUUUUGAUUGAUUUGACAUAAUAGUUACAAAGCUGUGUUCAGUUUUACUUUUAUUUUGUCAUUUGAUUCAAAAAUAUCCAAUACUGACUAAAUUGAUAGAUGAUUGUUGCUUGGGGUAAGUAAUGACUGAUACACCUUUCUCUCAUUCAUCACAAUUGACUGUGCCAGAAACAGAGAAUUAAACUAUUUUCUAAGUGACAAACUAUGUAACGAAACCAGUAUUCCAUCCAAAUUCCAUUUCAUUGCAAGUUUUACUUUACAGUCCUUGUGAAAUUAAUGAUUUUUCUUUUGCACUUUAACAUUUUGAAUGAAGAAUUACUAUAAAAAUGAGUAAUUAGAAUUUUCAAGGAUGAAUAUUCUAUGCAUUGAAUUCUAUAGUUAUGAUUGUUUGUGAAUUCCUUUUUAAUAUCAGCAUCACAAACUUCGAAGAACAAUAUCCCUUUUGCAGUAAAGUGACAGAGGUUAGAUAUGUUUUCAGUGGAAACAGACUGGUGUUGCAAAGAAAACAGCAAGAAUUCCUAUUAAGUACUCGUAAAUAAAAUUGUAUUCUCAGACAUUGCAUGUUUGAAUGGUUAGUGCAGCAUCAUUUGGCUAAGAACCCAAAUGAGGCAUAUCCUGUUUCAAAUAAAUUAGGAUUUGGCUACCUCAGUGAUAUAGUAUUGCAGUGUGGUGAUGUUAACAUUUCUUCAUAACUGCGAAUACUGUUGUUCAGUUCACAGCCUGUGUCAAUUACUUUCCUCUCAGUGGUAGAAUGCAACAUCCAUGAUAAAGGUUGAAGUAAUUAUGUGAUUUACAGAGAUUUGAACCUGAUGUUUUGAAUAUUUGUGCUUUUAGCUUUUUUCCUCUUGUAAUCAAAGAUUGUAUGAACAUAACGAUUGCCCAAUGUACUUCACUCUGCCUGGAAGAGUCAAAUGAAUGUGAUAUGCUGAUUAAAGCAUCUUAAUUUUCUUAA